UUGCGUGAGUUACAGCGUUUUUAAGUUGGAAAGUUGUACGCGUCGCUUGCGUUUGCGCACGUCAGUGGAGCAAGUGUCAGUUGCCGCUGGACCGUCGAAGCGUUAACACGCGCCGUUCGCGAGUGAUUUGUUACUGUCGUGCCACGACGAUAGGAAUUGAGCCCAUCGGCCAUAUGACGGCGUAGAGCGCGCAGUGAAACAGACAUACACACAAACAGGCAAACAUGUCGUCGAAGGCCAUAUACGAGGCGACAGGCAAAGAUCUCAUCAACAGGCACAUAGCGCCAGGGACAGCGUUGGUGCCGUGCCGGUUCGCGACCUUCGAGCAGAACACCGUCUGGGAAGACGAGCUCGGCAAGAACCCAUGGCUCUCCAAAGAGCAAUUGGUCGUGAAGCCCGACCAGCUGAUCAAGCGGCGCGGCAAGCUCGGGCUGGUCGGCGUGAACAAGUCGGCGGUCGACGUGCGCCGCUGGCUCAGCGAGCACAUGGGCAAGGAGCAGGCCGUCGGCGCCGCCGUCGGGAAGCUCAGACACUUCAUCGUGGAGCCCUUCGUCAAACACGACGCGAAUGAGGAGAUGUACAUUUGCAUACAGUCGGGCAGACGGACAGACACCAUCCUGUUCCACCACCAGGGAGGCGUGGAUGUCGGCGAUGUUGACGCUUUGGCAGUCAGGCUCGAGGUAGCGGUAGACACAUUCCCCACUGGAGAAGAAAUCGACAGGACUCUGCUCAAAAACAUCAAGUCCGCCUCCACUAAAAGGAUACUGACAACCUUCAUCCUGUCCCUGUACCGCGUAUACGUGGACCUGUACUUCACGUACAUGGAGAUCAACCCCAUCGUGAUCACAAACGAGCGCAUCUACCUCCUGGACUUGGCGGCCAAGCUGGACCAGACGGCGGACUUCAUCUGCGCCAAGAACUGGGGCACCAUCACCUUCCCCCCUCCGUUUGGGCGCGACGCGUACCCCGAGGAGGCGCAUAUCGCCGACUUGGAUGCUAAGAGUGGAGCUAGUCUUAAGUUGACGAUAUUGAACAAGUCUGGGCGCAUCUGGACCAUGGUGGCGGGCGGCGGCGCGUCCGUCGUCUACACCGACACCAUCUGCGAGCUGGGCGGCGCCGCUGAGCUUGCCAACUACGGCGAGUACUCGGGCGCGCCCACGGAGUCGCAGACGGCGGACUACGCCAAGACCAUCUUCAGCCUCAUGUGCCGCGAGAAGCACCCCAACGGGAAGGUUCUGAUCAUUGGUGGUGGUAUCGCCAACUUCACGAACGUGGCUGACACCUUCCGCGGCAUCAUCACCGCCAUCGACACCUACAAAGACGCUCUCAUACAAUACAACAUCACCAUCUUCGUGAGGAGAGGAGGCCCCAACUACCAGGAGGGUCUUAGGCAAAUGCGCGAAGUCGGGCACCGUCUUCGCAUUCCCCUGUACGUGUUCGGGCCUGAAGCCAACAUGACGUCCAUCGUGGGCCUGGCGCUGGGCCACUCGCCCAUCCCUAAGGAGCACCAGCUGGACUACGCGCCUAAGCAGCUGCCCAAACCUACACCCUGCCCGAAGCCCAAGAUCGAGCUUCCCGAACUGACGCACAAACUGUUGGACCUGGUCUGCUCUCAAUCGCCCACCCGAGGAGAGUUGGGUCAGCCGCUCUCCACUGCGAAGCCCCUCUUCAGUGACCGCACCAAAGCCAUCAUCUGGGGCAUGCAGAACCGCGCCAUCCAGGGCAUGUUGGACUUCGACUACAUCUGCCGGCGCGCGGAGCCGUCCGUGGUAGCCAUCGUGUACCCGUUCACCGCCGAUCACAAACAGAAAUACUACUUCGGCAACAAGGAGGUCUUCAUUCCUGUGUUCUCUGACAUGGACGUGGCUAUGCGCAAGCACCAGGAGGCGACCGUGCUUGUCAACUUCGCUUCGCUCCGUUCGGCCUAUGACAGCACCAUGCAGGCUAUGCAGCACCCCCAGAUCAACACGGUGGUGAUCAUCGCUGAAGGCAUCCCGGAGAACAUGACCAGGAAGAUUAUCAAGCUUGCCGACGCGAGAGGCGUGAACAUUAUCGGCCCCGCUACCGUCGGUGGCAUCAAACCGGGCUGCUUCAAGAUCGGCAACACGGCCGGCAUGAUCGACAACAUCGUCGACAGCAAGCUCUACAGGCCCGGCAGUGUGGCCUACGUGUCCCGUUCAGGCGGUAUGAGCAACGAGCUAAACAACAUCAUCUCCAAAGAAGCUGACGGCGUCUGCGAGGGAGUCGCUAUUGGUGGAGACCGCUACCCUGGCACCACCUUCAUCGACCAUCUGCUGAGAUUCGAAGCCGACCCCAACGUGAAGAUGCUAGUAUUGCUCGGAGAAGUGGGCGGUGUGGAGGAGUACCACGUGUGCCGCGCCAUCAAGGAGGGCCGCAUCAAGAAACCCAUGGUCGCCUGGUGUAUCGGCACAUGCUCAGACAUGUUCACCUCCGAGGUCCAAUUUGGCCACGCCGGAUCCCUCGCCGGCUCGGCGCUCGAAAAGGCCUUCGCCAAGAACCAGGGCCUUAAGUCCUAUGGCGUCACCGUACCUGAGAGUUUCGACAGCCUGGGCACCGCUGUCAGACAAGUGUACCAGAAGCUGGUACAGCAGGGCAAGAUUAUUGUUAAGGAGGAGGAGGAACCCCCGAAGGUGCCCAUGGAUUACGACUGGGCGAGGAAACUGGGUCUGAUCCGCAAGCCGGCGGCGUUCAUCAGCACCAUCUGCGACGAGCGCGGCCAGGAGCUCACGUACUGCGGGAUGCCCAUCAGCCAGGUCUUGGAGAAGCAGCUAGGAGUAGGAGGCACCAUCAGCUUGCUGUGGUUCCAGCGCGAGCUGCCCGACUGGGCGUGCAAGUUCUUCGAGCUGGUGCUGAUCGUGACGGCCGACCACGGGCCCGCCGUGUCCGGCGCGCACAACACCAUGGUCACGGCCCGCGCCGGCAAGGACCUCAUCUCCUCCGUCGUCAGCGGACUGCUCACCAUCGGUGAUCGUUUCGGAGGCGCGUUGGACCGCGCCGCGAUCGACUUCUGCGCGGCCUACGACAAGGGCCAGCACCCGCAGGAGUUCGUCAACGAGAAGCGAGCCAAGGGCGAGCUCAUCAUGGGCAUCGGCCACAGAGUAAAAUCCAUCAACAACCCCGACUCCCGAGUCCGCGAGCUGAAGGCGUACGUGACGGCGCGGUGGCCCGCGUGGCCCGUGACGCGCUACGCACUCGACGUCGAGGCCGUCACCACGCGCAAGAAGCCCAACCUCAUCCUCAACGUGGACGGCAUCGUCGCUGCCGCUAUGGUCGACCUGUUUAGACACACCAACCUGUUCACUACCGAGGAAGGCAACAACUACAUCCAUAUGGGCACGAUCAACGCGCUGUUCGUCCUGGGCCGCACCAUCGGUCUCGUCGGCCACUACCUCGACCAGAAGCGCAUGAAGCAGCCCCUCUACCGCCACCCGUGGGACGACAUCACCUACAUGUCGCCGCUCAACUAAGGUCAUUUUAUCAUUACCUGACGUGCUUCAAUUAGUUAAUUGGUUUAAACUGGGUAAGGGAGGGUAAAUGUUGUAUAUGCGGUACAUUACCGUCAUAUACAGUAUUUCACCGUCCCCUUCCGGAUAGAAAAUCGACACAAAUGCACCGUUAGAUUAGAUUAUUCUCUUUUCGAAUAGCGUACUAGCAAAAUUGUUAUUUAUGAAAUUAAAAAUGAAAAAAAAUUAUUUGAUAAAUUGUAAUACGCGCACUGUAGAAAAUAAUAUUUUGGAGUCCCUAAAUUAAUAAAUCACCUAUCUGGUGUUAUCAUAGCUGAUAUUCUAAAAGCACGCCAGGUAAUAUAAAAUGGAAUGUAACAAGGAAGCGUUGUAGAGUGCAGUCUAAAAUUAAUUUAACCAUUCAUUUUUACCAAAAGUAAAUAAUUAUGAUUUAAAUUGACAAUGAGAUGGACGAAGGAUAUUAACUCUAUUGAACAAUAUGCUGUUUGCUCACUGAAAGCAAAACGUAAAAAUAUGAUUUAUUUUCAUGUUAGGACGGCACCUACAUUGCAUCUCUACGUUUUCGUCGACGUUUUGGUUCCUUUAAAUUAUAAAUUAAAGUUUUGAACGGAACCUGGCGUUGAUGUGAACUAUAUAAAUAAAUAAUUAGUUAAGUAUUUAUGGGGUUAGUAUGUGUAAUUGUUCUAGUGUCGGAUGUGGAUAAGUGCUUCGGAUUGUCUAAUAUUCUACUAGAAAAUUUUCGAACUCCGGUUUUAUUAUAGAGUUGUCUAGUAGAGUAUAAGAGGUCUGUUAUUAAAAUUGUUGACUCUAUGGUGCAGAAGGUAGAUGCUUUUUUAUUUCGCCGUUCGUCGUUUAAAUAAAAUUAUUAAUUGAUAUCUUGAUACUAAUUGAUAUAAUAAUGUAAUGUAUUAUUUAAUUUCAAAUUAUUCAUUUUUUAAUAACUCAUGUUAUAUUCAUAUAAAUAUUACUGUAGCCUUUGUGCUUUUAAGAUUCAUUAAAUGCAUUUUAAUAUUCACUACUUUAUAUCUUGUUUACACUUUGAAAUUAUCUUUGAUAAUUUUAUUUAAAAGACGAAAGGUAUCUAACACUGUCCAUUCCAGAAAUCAAAGUUGUUGGAAAAAUGAAUUUUUAUUUUUAAAUAACUUAUUGAAGAAAAAUAUUAACGUAAGUAAGUCACAAUUGUCAUAUUUUCUUAUAAAGAAAAUUGUUUACCUUGGGUGUUUGGACAAAAAAUGUUUUUAAUUAGAGUUCUUGUUAUAUAAUAAUAUUUUUUUAUUAGUCAAUACAUCGCCCUCUUGUGAAAUAAUUAAUAAUUUAAACAACUGAACAAAAACUGGGAUUUUUAUACAUCUGACGUUUUAUUAACUAAUUCAUUUUAUAAUAAUUGCCAUUUGUUUGUGCAAACAACUCAAGAAUUUAUUUUAUAAGUACAACGCUUAGAUCUGAUGCUAAGUUAAAAUGUUUUUAUGCAGUAAGUUUUUCAAUAAACUAUGACACUGUA